AGAACAAACAAAACCCGGGGAGGGGAAGAUUCCUUGAGACCUGGCCGGAAGUCGUGGUCUCCAUAGAGACGCUAUCGGAAGUUGGAGUUGCUAGGCGGCCUGGGCGCGACCGCUAAUCUGCGUCAUGGCUGAAGUCCCUGAGGAUUACGAUUCCCCCUCCGAGGAAAAUGAAAACCUGAAGACUGAGAGACCGAAACUUCACUUUCUUCAGGUGACCGAAGACAUCGAACCAGGCAGCGUGGCAGAGGCAGGCCCAGAGAUUCCUGUAGAGAUUGACCAAGACCCACAGCCAGAGACAGAAGAAGAGGCCUUCAAAGAGAAGACACCAGAGAGUGCUAAAGAUGUGCCUCCGCACCUAAAACCAACCUGGACGUCCGAGGAAGAGGUUCCCCACAAGUUCAGGACAGACCUUUUCAGCGAGGUUGAGCUAGGGAUUCCCCUAGAGGUAAAAUCAGAGACUUUCGGACAGAUAGAAAGAGAGCUUUUCAAGGAAUUGCAAAUCCCUGUGGACAGAAAGCAUGAGGAACCAGAGGAGGAAGCCAAACCGGAUAUUCCUGAGGACGUACCCAUAGAAGAGAGCAAACCAGAGGUUCCAGAGGAGCCACUCAGAGAGCAAUAUGAAAAGACAGGUCUAGAACCUACAGAGCCAACCAAACCAGAACCUCCAGGUAAGAAACCAAGAAAAUCAAUUGAAGAGGCAGAUCAACAGCCACCAAAGGUGACCACAUCAGAGAAUCCAGAGGAAAUACAAAGUAAGUCACCUACAGAGAAAAGGACAGAGUCACCUGAGCAGGCCAAACCAGAGUUUCCAGAAGAGAAACCGAGUAUGGCUACUGAGGAAACACAAGAAAAAACUCCAGAGCCACUAGAAGUGAUCGAAUCAGAGUUUUCUGAGGAAAAAUCAAGAAAACCAAUUGAGGAAACAGUUACAGAGCCAUCAGGAAAGACCACAUCGGAAGUUCAGGAGGAGACACAAAGUAAGUCAACUGCAGAGAGAGUUCUGGAGCCACCAGAGGACACCAAACCAGCAGAUCAAAAAGAUAAGCAGAAAAAGUCAACCGAGGAGACAGAUCUAACACCAUCACGGAAGUUCAGAUCAGAGGAGACACUAAGAAAGUCAACUGAGAAGAAAGGUCCAGAGCCCCCAGAACAAACUAAAGCAGAGUUUUCAAAGAAAGAACCAGAGAAAACUGAAGAAACAGGUCAAGUGCCACCACAGAAGAUCAAACCAGAAGUGCAAGAGAAGACACAAACAGAGCCAACUAGGGAGAUAAAUUUAGAGUUAUUGGAUAAAACCAGACAACUACUUAGAAGAGAGACACCUGUAGAAUUUGCCAAGGAAGAUAGGUCAGAAGCAAUCAAAUUUAAACAUUCUGUUGACAGGGAUGAGCUUGAGUACUCUGACUAUCCAAUAGGAAAGUUGUUAAUAAAAGAAACUAAAGUUUCAAAAGACUAUGUAUUAGAGCCUCUUCCAAUAAGUGAAGUAGACUCAGUGAAUAUAGAUUAUGAGUUUUCUAAAGAACUCCAAAAUCUGUUCCAGCUUUCUGAUACCAAUUAUGAAUUCUUCUCCUUUUUCUCUGAGUCUCAGAGGGAUUUAAAAGAGUCCUCUGGUGAAAAGCAAGAUCUGUCCCUAGAGUCAAUGAAACUGGUACAUAAAAAUAGAGACACCCAGCCAGAAAAAAAUUCUGAUCUACAAUUUGAGUAUCUUCAAUGGAGCCCAGAAAAAGUUGCCAAGUGGAUUUGCCAGCUAGGCUUCCCUCAAUACAAGGAGUGUUUUACCACAAACUUCAUCAGUGGCCGAAAACUCAUACAUGUAAACUGCUCAAACCUCCCUCAGAUGGGGAUAACAGAUUUUGAGGACAUGAAGGUAAUUUCUCAGCAUACCCGGAAGCUGCUGGGAAUUGAAGAGCCAUUAUUCACACGCUCCAUCCGCCUUCCCUACAGAGACAAUAUUGGCUUAUUUUUAGAGAGAAAAGGUCAUAGUGGAGUUAAGUCUGAUUCCUUGACCUUGUCUGAAUUUGUGCGAGAAGCGGGAUUACAGGAUUAUGCUCCACGGGUGACCACCCUUGAAAAUGACGCAGCAUUAUAUUCCAUUGACCUGUAGGGCAAGCUGGUUCACUUAACUUGAAAAUCAAACUAAAUUAUGUGGGGGAAUAAAUGAGGCAUUUCUGUGUUUUCUUUCUCCUCUUCAUUCAGAAUCAGAGUUUGAACUGCUGGUCCAUUCCUAGUUCUGCCACUGACUCACAGCGCCCUCCCUUUAUGUUUCAACUUUGCCCCUUGUUAAAACAAAGAUAGCAAUAGCUCUCUUUCUGGGUAACUAUAAGACUUCCUGAUAAAUUCUAGUACUUUAUCUGGUUUUGGAACACGUUGGGAAAACAUAACAAAGUAAAAUCACCUGCCAACUCAGAUAAUCCCAGAUAAUUAUUGAAUCAGCGUUAAAUCAGACUGCGAUGCACAUUACAGGCAGGUCACUAAAGAGAUUGCUGAGACAAGGACCUCUCACCCUUUUAUAUAGCCAGGCAGAUAUGAUCCAUUCUUGACAUGUUAACUGUCUGUAUCCAAAAGAAAUUAAAACUUUUCAUAUCUUUGUGACAAACAGAAAGUUACUACCUGGAGCCAAGUCCUUAGGCUAAACUCCCAACAUCAGGAAGACAAAGUGCCCCUGAAAUGCUCACAUUUCAAAGUGGCUUCAACAGCCCUGCCCCCAGAAGACAGUCCUAGGAUGGAAAACUGGUAGAAGGUUCAUUCACUUUUUUAAAAAUAUUAGCAUACAUCUCCAAAACAGAGAAAAAGGAUUUAAAUUACAAGUUUUUAAAAGAAAAUGUUUUAUGAAAAAGUGGGAGCAGUUCUCAUUCCUUUUUGGCAUCAGAGAAGAAAAAUUUUUAAAUAUCUUUUUAGAUUUGUUUUUACCUGUUAAAAUAGCGUGGCUUAUAGAAGUAUCACAGACCGUGGAUACUGACAGACAGUCUGGGGUUUGUCUACAAGGCUUUCUAAUCGGUACCACCAGACUUUUACAAAAUGAAUUGCAUGACUGGACUGCUCACAAGAAGUUAAAAAUACUUUUUGUUGCUUGAAUGACUCCGAUUCCUCUCCACUUUCAUAGACUUUUAACUUCUCUUUCUCUUCCCAGGCACACUUCUUAAUCCUAAAAACCACUGUACCCUAUCCAGUUCCUUACACCUGGAUAAAUAUUCAAAAGAAUCCUUUUUUGUUUUUCCCAGUGAGAGAAAGAACAGUGCCUCAAUUUAGCUUUCAUACCAAGAAUAUUAAUGUUUGAUGAUGAACCUAAUCUUUUCCCUAAGCAGAGUAACAAAAUUUUAUCUUAGACCAUUUGAGAUAGUACCACUGAGUCUGAUUGGCUCACAAGCAUGCAAAAGAAAAAAAAUGUAAAUGAUUAACCUAAGACCAUGGUGGUUUCCAUGUACAGUGAAUAGCUUUGUUCAAAAGCACUUUAGCAUUCUGGCUAACAGUAGUUCUGUUUAGUGACAGCAUAGUCACCACCAUCCUUUCUCAACUUGAUUGUUACUGACACUGUUUUCUAUUCUGAUUGACAUAAAGUAAUUGCAAAAUGUGAAAUAAAUCUGAACUGUGCCGUG